UGUGCAGUAUGCGAGACCUCGGCAAGUGCCGCGAUGCUAUCCAGUUUGCCCCAGCUAAGUGGAAAUCGAUUAUAACCUUACCUUCAUAUACUUUAACACAAACAUAACCACGUUAAGUAGUUGUGUUGACAUAGGGUGUUCAGUGGGGGUGUACAACCCCGGGAAGUUAAGCCAACAUCGUUUGCUUGCCGGAAGUUUGACCCUCGGCUAGCGCCAAGAGCGACAUUGGCUUUACAAAAUGGAGGAGUCCGCGCAAACGAAGCUUGCGCAUCUCCAAGCGGAGCUGGAUAGCCUCCACAAGGCAAUAACGGUCCUCAACCAGCUUGCAGCAGAGCUGGACAUUCACACAGCGAUGCAGAAUGUGCGCCAAGUGGCCCUCGAGUUACUCGAUUGCGAGCGUGUAACCCUGUUCUUAAUCUUCGAACGGCGACAAGAAUUGAGAGCAAUUAUCGAGCAAGGCGAAAUACUGCGCAUUAAGUUUGGGGAAGGCAUCGCCGGAUUGGUUGCCCAGACUGGCGGCAGCAUGAACGUGGCUGACGUGUACUCCCACCCCAUGUUCAACAAGGAGGUGGACCGCGCCACGGGCUUCCGCACGCGCAGUAUGCUGUGUAUGGCGGUGUCGGACAUGACGGGCAAGAACGUGGCGGUGCUGCAGGCGCUGAACAAGAACAGCGGACAGCCCUUCAAGCCCGCUGACGAGCGGCACCUGCGCCUGUUCGGCACGCACCUGGGCAACACGCUGGUGAAGGCCAAGCUGCAUGAGACGGCAAAGCGCGAGAAGGAGCGGCUGACGGCCAUCUACACCUGCUUCAAGUCGCUCAGCGCGGCGGACGAGGUGAGCCAGAUGGUGGUGUGCGCCACCGCCGCCCUGGAGCGCCACAUCAUCCACGCCGACCGCGUGUUCUUCUUCCUGGUGGACAGCCCGCGGGGGGAGCUGUGGCUGCACACGCACCAGGCUGAGCCAGUGCGGUUGCGCAUGGGCGAGGCGGGCGGUGUGGUGGGCCUGUGCGCGGAGAGCAAGCGGUCCAGCAGCUGGGCGGAGUUCACGGACGCCAGCUCCGACCCCGCCCUGCGCCGCCUGGCGCCCCUCCUGGGCGCCUCCUGCCACCCCCGCGGCGCCUCACACGCAGGCGGCGGCCCCGCGCGCUCCUCCGCACCCGCCCUCGCAGCCUACCACAGCAUCCACACCCCACCCUGCGCAUCCUCCUCCUCCGCACCCGCCGACCCCACUGCUGGCGCCGCCACCACCGCCUCCACCCCCGGCUUCUCUUCCUGCCCCUCCGCGCCCGCCUCGGGCAUCGUCAUGAGUGGCGGCGCGGGGUGCAGCUCGGCUGCAGGUGGGGCCGCAGCUGCCGGCGGGCCGGGUUGCGGUGGCGGUGGUGGUGGUGGCGGUGGUGGCGGGGGCGGUGGUCCUGCUCGUGUGAAGAGCGUGCUGGUUCAGCCGAUCCAGGGCUCCACCAACAGCAAGGUGCUGGCGGUGGUGCUGGCGGUGAACAAGCGCGAGGCGGAGGGGACCAAUGACAUCUUCUUUGAGCCCUUCUUCACGGAUGCGGACUGUCGCGCCAUGGAGUUGUUCGCCUACGAGGUGGGUGACCUGCUGUCGGAGCGCACCCUGGAGCUGUCCCUCAUGUCGGCGCUGUCGGUGGUGGGGCACAACGGGGCGCACCCCAACGCGCAGCCGCCGGCAGCGGCGGCAGCAGCGGGGGGAGAGGCGGGGGCAGGCGGCGGGGCGGGGGGAACAGCGGGCGGCGGCGGCGGGGGUGCAGACGGAGGCGGAGGAGGAGGAGGUCUGGGAGGCGGCAGCACGGCGUCUGGGGACGAGGACUUCCUGCGCUCGCAGCUCAUCCAGAUGUACCUACCGGAGUUCAAAAAGGAAGGGUCCGCCUCCCAUAGCAGCGUCUUCAACCGCAGCUCCUUCUCCACCGCCAGCCAGGUGCGAGCCUCCCUGGAGCGACGACGUAACGCCUUCUUCGCGGAAGCACCUUCCAGGCGAGCGGCAGGAGCGAAUGCGGGAGCGGCUGUUGGUGGAGCAGCAGCAGCAGCAGCGGGCGGCUGCUCGUCUUCCGGAGGCGGGGCGGGUGGCGCUUCGCGGCAUCGGAAUGUGGUGUCGGUUUGCGGGCGGCUGGGCAAUUCGGGAUUGGCGACCCGUGGGUCACUUUGGGGCAGCAGCCGCAUGCAGAACGGCCGCUCCAUACCCGGCUUCGAGGACCCCUCAGAGCUCCCUCCCGGCUCCGCGCCGUCACCGCAGCCACCCCUCCCCGGCGCCGCCCCCCUCGCCCCCCCACUCCCCCCGCACUUCACCACCACCGCAGCCGCCACCGCCACACCCUCCGCCACUGCGCACGUGGUCGAGCCCGCAGGCCCCCCCUCCUACGAGCGAGGCUCCGACCCCUCCGGCACCUCAGACCCCAUGUUGCCUGAUCUGGCAUCCCUCCGCUGCGCCUCCAGCACCCUAGCGGAGCAAACGGCGGCAGCACUGAGGGCAUCUCUGCAGGUGGGCGCGGCCACUGCAUGCGGGGGCGGGAGCGGCGGCUGCGGCGGGGUACUGCCGGCUCGCUCCAGCAUGUCGCUGUCGGCGGGCGCCGGCGUCAGCGGCGCGGCUGCCGUACAAGCGUUGCUGCUGCUGCCAGUGCAGCGGUUGCCGCCGGAGUUGGCGUCGCGGUUGCUGCCGCUUCCUGCACUGCCUCUUGUGCAUCAUCAACAGCAGGUGCAGCAGGUGCAGGGGCAGGUGCAGGGGCAGGUGCAGGGGCAGCAGUCCAAGAGGACCAGUGUUGGACGAGGGGCGUCAGCGUCGGGGGGGUUAGGGGGCGCUGCGGCGGGGGUGACUACGUCGGGAGGCGGCCUGGGUCGUCUGAUGGCUUCAUGGAGGCGGCCGGCGGGCGGAGACUCGGGCGGAGGCGGCGGCGGCGGCGGCGGGUACGACAGCGGCGACGGUGGCGCUGCGGCGGAGACGGAGAAGGAAGAGAAGGAGGAGGAGUACCGGGAUCGCUUUGAUGAGGAGGAGGAAGAAGCGGAUGGUGAGGCAGAGGGGGCCUUGAACGCCUCAGCGCAGGUGGCCUCAGCUGCAACGGCGGGGGCUGCCGGGGCAGCAGGGGCAGCAGGGGCAGCAGGGGCAGCAGGGGCAGCAGACGCCUCCUCACCGGCUGGGUUGUUGCGCGCCAAGAGCCGGCGGCGAGUGGCGGUGGCGGCGGUGGUGACGGCGGGGGGUGGCGAGGGGGCUGCUGCUGCUGCUGCGCUGCCCGAGCCCUUCGCAGCGGGUCUCAAUGCGGACGUGCUGGCGGAGCUGCGGGCGGCGGCGGAGGCGACUGCGCUGGGGGCGAGCGGGGUGGCAGACCUGGAGGCCCUGCGCUCGCACCUCAGCUGCUCCAACCUGGUUCGUGUGGACAGCUGCCGCUCGCCCUGCUUCCACCCCGAGGAGCAGCUGCGCUCCUGGGACUGGGACUUCACCCAGUACGGCACCGAGGAGCUCAUCAAGCUGGCGUACGACAUCUUCACGGUGUCGGGCGCACUGGACGACUUUGCGCUGAGCCCCAAGACCCUGCGUAACUUCCUGACUGCGGUGGCCAGCCACUACCACGACAUUCCCUACCACAACUUCAACCACGUGUGCCACGUGCUGCAUGCAACCUUCCUGAUCGCCACCACCACCCGCGUGCGCGAGGUGCUGACCCCCCUGGAGCGGCUGUCGCUGCUGCUGGCGGCGCUGUGCCACGACCUGGACCACGACGGGAACUCCAACAGCUUCCACGUCAACAGCGGCAGCGCUAUCGCCCGCAUCUACAACGACCAGUCCGUCAUGGAGAACCACCACUGCGCCAUGGCCUUCGCCAUCCUCUCCCGCCCCGACUGCGACAUCACGCAGCCGCUCAGCCCCCCCGAGCGGCGCGCGCUGCGCAAGGCCGUCAUCGCCGCCAUCCUCUGCACCGACAUGGCCAACCACUUCGCACUCACGCAGGAGUUCCAGAAACACGGCGUGUCGUACGAGCCGGACAAUGAGUCCGACCGCAUGCUGCUGCUCAAGGUCAUCCUGCACGCGGCCGACAUCGGCAACGCGGUCCGCCCCUUCCACGUGAACCACGCCAUGAGCCGCCGCGUGCACGCGGAGUUCGAGUCGCAGGCGGCGACGGAGGUGCGGUUGGGGCUGCCCGUCACCUUCGCGGUGGACACGCGCGACCAUGUGAUGUGCGCCCGAGUGGAGUUGAACUUCCUGGACUACGUGGUGACCAGCCUGUGGGAGCGGCUGGUGGAGGUGCUGCCGGAGCUGGCCCCGCAGCUGGCUCAGCUGAGGACCAACCGCACCCGCUACCGCAAGCUGGCGGACACGGGCAAGACGGCGGAGCAGGUGAUUGCGGAGGAGGAAGAGGAGCAGCGGCAGCAGCAGCAGCAGGAACAGCAGCAGCUAGGUGGUGCCAGCGGGGUGCUGCUGCCUGCUCCGCUGCAGGUGGCGGAGGUGGAGGCAGCGCCGCGGCUGCAGGUGGUCCUCAGCCCCUAGUAGCGCGGCUGCAGGGCUGCAGUGGCGGCUGAUAGGGACGCUGCCGCAGGUGCUGCUAGGGUUGCUGCUGGUGCCUUCCCCGCCCUCCCUGCACACAUAGCCCCACCAUGCAGCCGGAGAGCGGGCCGGCGACCGAGUUGUGACACACCGCAGCACGACCCGUGGGUCUGCUGGGGACUGGUGAACACGUCCGUCGCGCGGUGUCCUGUGUGCUACGAAACUGGCCGCGGGGUGGCCUGUGUGUUCGUGCACCCGCGUUGUGUGUUUGUAUGUGUAUGAUGUACUGGGGGGCUGGGGCGCGCACCACUUUCUCUACCCGCAGCCUCUCCAUCGCCCCGUCUCUCUUGAAAGACAGCCCGUAGCGCUGCCACACCCCGCCCUUAGCCUCGACAUGAAAGCGGUGUGCUAAUACUAACCCACACGAACUCAAGGUUUGAAUAAGCACAGACGGUACCAUUCGUGUCGUGGAAUGGACGCGGUAGGUGAUAAGGUUGAGCAGCCCUUGGACCUGUGAGCUAGGGGGAGGGAGGACUGCCGAAGUCACUUGUGACCGGUUACGUGUUACGUGACCGGUUCCGGAGCCUAGUGUGCUUGCUGUCGGGCACUUGUUUGCUGUGGAGGGAUUCUUUGAUGAAAUGGUGUGUGUGAUACGUGGCGAUGAAUGGUGUGGUGAUGUGGCGAAGAUGCAGCAGCUGUAGUGGGAAUCAUGGCCUGGGGAAAUGGAAAUGGAAAGGGCGGGCUACGGGGGCUAACAAGCGUUGGCAGGCGCUGCGAGGUGACGGGGCUAUGAGUGAUCAAUGGCCAUGAUGGCUCGGUGUAUGUGGGGGUAAGAUGUGCGAGGAGGAGGAGAGAAGCGCUCUGAGAGAUGGAGUUGGCACUGAUGACGACGGGGGUCUAGAAACCCAAUUUUACCAUGAUAAUGAUAACAUGGUAAUGGUUGGUGCAUGCCUGUGGUAUAAGGGUGUGCUUACAGGCCUAAUGGCAGAGUGCGCGCUGCGCACCUUUGCUCACUAGGUGCGGCGAGGCAGGCUGGCGCCAGCAAGGACAGCCAGCCGUGACCCAUGGGUCGCUGCGGUAGAAAAGUACUUCUGAGAAAGACGUUGGGGGUUUGUCCUUGUCACCAGAUGACACCGCCAGUAAACUGGUGCUGCAAUUGGAGGAGGAUUGCGCCGAGGUGCCUCAGACCACGUGUCUUCAAGCGGACAUCAUUUGCCUUCAUGCCUUAAUGUGUGCCAUAGUACUUUGGGUGUAUUUUACGUAAAUGCUUCUGUUACUGGUGCUGGUGCUGGUGCUGUGGUGGGGUUUGCAGUCAGUCAAGUGGCAUGCGGGGCUCCACCGGCGGGGCGGCGGCGGGGGCAAGUGGUGUAAGUCUUGACGGUAGGGACGCUUGGACUUGCAGGGUGUGAUAACUCUUGCAUUUCACGAGUUGGUCGCUUGGUUGUUGCCUCGGGGGGGGGCGCAACGUAAACUAUUGUAUCAGGUGUUAGGUUGAACACGGCAGGAUUUAUCGGCAGUGUGUACGGGCUGUUGCCAAUCUUGCCAUCCUUGUUGCGGCGCUGUGCUUUUGCAGGGGCUGUGAUUCCCGGCAAGGAGAGGCUGCUGCAUGGCCGGUGGGGAAACAAACGGCUAAACCCGAUGUUGCAUGCUGCAUGCAUGAAGCCAUGAGCUCCUGCUGGUGUAUUCCACACGGUUUCCGGGCGUGUUGGUUUCCUUGCAUGGGGCUUGAUGACACGCGCUUCUCACGCAUGCGUGUGCGCCCUAGAUGAGCUACCCGCUGAGCGUGUGUUGCUGGCACGGUAAGCACAGCGGCGCGCCCGGGCUCCCCGCAGGCGAUGCUGGUACUGCUUAACUGCUAACAAUAACGAACAUGCGACUUACGGUGGGCCUGUGCACCUCCUACCUUUUACCGCCCUGUUGUGGGUGUAACUAGUGCAUGCUUGCCUUGUCUUGUUGCUUUGUGUGGCAUGUGCUCUCAUUCAUUCUGUGCACCCCGGCAGCGCCUAACCGCACGACUUGUAGCCUCAACCCAGCCUUCUUUGCUUGACGUCCUGUACCGUCCUAUUUUUACGCGGUUUGAUGUGCGGUGUGUGUGAAGUGAUGUGUUAGGUUUGUUAUCGCGACCAGGAUGCUAUGACCCGCGCACGAGUCAAGUGGGCGCUGCGUGUGCCGCCUCGUGCGAGCGUGUGCGGCGAGAGUCAAUUGGCUGCUAGCAGUUACCUGCGCAAACCGAUGUGUUUCUGUAUGUGAAUGAAUGACCGUAACAAUGGUUCCUUGUGUGAUGUGCGUGUUGAGUCUUGAACAUUUGGGACUUUUAAAGCGAGGCAUGCCCUCAUGCCUUGGCGCAUGGUUAACAGAGCUUGUUUGAGUUGUGUUGGGGCUGUGUGUGUGCUGUGUAACGUCCUGUGCUGUGUGAUGACGUGAACGCUUCAAUGCAGGACACGCAAACCCCCUACCUGCCUGGUCGGGUGGUCGCUCGCAUGUGUUGUGCCUGACGGUGUCUUGUACCUUUACCGGCGCGGGCAGCGACGUGUUUGUCUUUUACGGCUGCGUCUUAGUGCGUAUUUCACAUUAUUGUUACCUUAGGCUCCGCUCCUGACGAAGACGUAUGCCGGCUUUACAAGGAACACCGUAAACCCAGGACGACUUGAGAUUGGAUGAGACAAGUUUUGCAAAAAGGCCGCUGCG